AAAAAAUAACAAAGAAAAGAAAUAAUGAUGAUUUCAAAAUUUCUUUGCACAUUUGCAUUGUUCUUGUUGUCCAAUCUCGUGGAGGGUGCAAAUAUAAACAUUGCUGCAAAGCCUAAUGUUGAUAUAGCUCCAGAAUUGGAGAAAGCUUGGAAGGACGCAUGUGCGGCUACAGGUGCUAGCACCAUUGUGAUUCCAAAAGGCACAUUCCCAAUGGGCCAAAUUAAACUUGCCGGUCCAUGCAAAGGUCCAAUUGAUCUUCAAAUCCAAGCCACCUUGAAAGCUUCUUCUGAUAUUAAGACUCUAGAUAGAGACAAGGAAUGGUUAACCUUCAGGUAUGUUGAUAAGUUAACCGUGUCUGGUGGUGGUGUUCUUGAUGGCCAAGGAACUGCUGCUUGGGCAGCAAAUGAUUGUAAGAAAACUGGAGUUUGCAACAACCUUCCCAAUAAUUUGAGCCUUAAUUUCUUAACAAACAGUGUGAUUCGCGAUAUAACUUCUUUGGAUAGCAAAUUGUUUCAUGUCAAUGUUUUGGCUGGUAAAAACUUGACAUUUGAUCAUUUCACCAUUAAAGCACCGGGGGAUAGUCACAACACAGAUGGAAUCCAUAUUGCGAAAAUAACUGAUGUUAAUGUCAUAGAUAGUGUGAUUGGAACCGGAGAUGAUUGCAUUUCAAUUGGGGAUGGUACAGAAAACCUUCACAUCACAAAUGUGACAUGUGGGCCUGGACACGGCAUUAGUGUGGGAAGUCUUGGCAAGACUCCGGGCGAAGAGCCAGUGAAGGGUGUUUUUCUUAAAGACAUCAAAUUUAUUGGAACUGAUAAUGGUGUUAGAAUUAAAACAUGGCCUAACUCUCACCUUGGAGUCGUAACUGAUAUACAUUAUGAGAAUAUAGAGAUGGAAGAUGUCAAAAAUCCAAUUGUGAUUGAUCAGGAAUACUGUCCGAACAACGAGUGCUCAAAAGUGAAACCAUCACAAGUAAAGCUCAGCAAAAUAAGCUACAAAAAUAUAAAGGGUACUUCUGCAACGGAGGAAGCCGUGAUCUUUGCAUGCAGUAGCGGGGUGCCAUGCGAAGGAGUAGAGGUGGGCGACAUUAACUUGACCUUCAAAGGAGGUGCUGCCAAAACUGUUUGUUCUAAUGUGAAGCCUACUCUUACCGGAAAGCAAGUUCCACCAAUUACUUGUGGUGGCGGUGCUGCUGCUCCGGGUGGCGGUGCUGCUGCUCCUGGUGGCGGUGCAGCUGCUGCGCCAGCCUAAGGAAUUAUUAGUUUUAUCUCCUUGUAAACAAAGGAGAAAUUUUGUGAGAGGUAGUCUUUGAUUUUUUAUUUUUUUAAAAAAUUUUGCCAACGAAAAUUAUUCGAGGCAACCAUAAAUGUUAUAUUUGGGAGUGAGUGAUUUUGGAGAAUGAGAUAAUAUAUAUAUUUUUGUUCAAUA